CUCGCAGCUCCUGCUGCUGCUGCUGCUUGCGCGCAACUGGGCAGAGUAAUUGAGAACAGUUUGCCUUUGCGAAGACUCUCUCUUCCUCUCUCUCUCUCUCUCUCUCUCUCGCUUCUCUUAAAGGCGCAGUCGGAACUGGGAAGUCUUCCUUUUUUCCCCUUUUUUUCCUUUUUGAUCGAACGGGGAUCGCGAAUAUGUGAAACAAUCGGUCGACUAUUUUAAAAACGCCAUUUUGCGGACUUAUUCCCCCCCGCCACCACCUCUUCUUCUUAGGAUUUGUGCAUUUGCUUUCUUGUUGCUCCGAGAAGCAGGGGUAGAUUGCAAUGGCUUCCAAGCUCCUGCGAGCCGUCGUCUUGGGUCCCCCGGGAUCCGGCAAAGGGACCGUGUGCGAGAGGAUCGCCAAGAGCUUUGGCCUCAAGCAUCUUUCCAGCGGGCAGUUUUUGCGGGAGAACAUCGCGGCGAACAGUGAUAUUGGUCUGUUGGCAAAGCAGCACCUCGAGAAGGGUCUUUUGGUACCAGAUCAUGUAAUUACACGUUUAAUGAUGACAGAACUGGAAAAAAUACAAACUCAGCCUUGGUUACUAGAUGGUUUUCCAAGGACAUUGGGUCAAGCUGAAUCACUUGACAGGAUAUGUGAACUGGAUCUAGUGAUAAGUUUGAAUAUCCCAUUUGAGACCCUUAAAGACCGACUUAGUGCUCGUUGGAUUCACCCAGCAAGUGGCAGAGUAUAUAAUAUGGAAUUCAAUCCACCUCAAAUCCAUGGUAUUGAUGACAUUACUGGUGAACCAUUAAUCCAACGGGAAGAUGAUAAACCCGAAGCUGUUGCUGCUAGACUAAGAAAAUACAAAGAUGCUGCAAAGCCUGUAAUGGAAUUGUACAAAAACAGAGGGAUUCUUCACUCAUUCUCUGGAACAGAGACCAACAAAAUCUGGCCUUAUGUUUAUACUUUGGUGUCCAACAAGAUUCCUCCAAACCAAGCAGAAGAAGCUAACUAAACAUCUGUAAAAUGGGAAAAAGAAUUUUAUGUUGUUGAUUUUGGUCUUGUUUAUGAUGUGCUGUAUCUCUACUCUGCUCUUUUUUUAAAAGAGUAGCUAUUCUCUCUGAUUCUACUGGAGAAUAGUUGUGGAACUCCGUCUUUCAAUGAUUACUCUGUAUGGAAUUCUACUUCUUGGCAUAUAAAUAUUUGUGCACGGACUUCAAGUAAUUGUAAUGGAUAUGCAGAGACAGUUACACCUGAGCUGUUCUGUAGAAUCCAUUCCUCAGUCUCUCCAGCUACAUUUAGAUCUUCUCUGUAUUCAGUGUGCAUUUUCAUGGGUCCUUAAUCUAACACUCCAUUUAAAUGGAAACACACGGUAUUCUAGGUGUAUAUUCAAUGCGGUAAGCAUUGUAGGAAAUACAUGCAUUAUGCAGGUCAAAUAAUGUAUGUUUUGAGUACUUAAAAAACUGAGAAGAAUCAUGGUGAAUUCAAUCUCUCGGUUUGCUAAGAAGACAACCUUAGAUAAAUAUCUGUUAUAAAAUGCUGCUGUAUAAUAAAAUUAGACUUUUAAAUUUGAGUGGCUUUAGGCCUUUCUUUGUUGAAGAGAGCAGGCCUGUUCUAGUUCUAAGAACAGUUGCACUACAUGGUUAGUAGUUUUAAAACUUUGAUUUUAUAAUAUAGUACAACCAGUCACUAAUAAAAGUGCAAUAUCUCUAUUUUUUUUGCUCCUGUAAAUUUGUCCCAAUUAGCCAUCAACCAGGCAAAUGAUUAUGUGGGCAAACAUAAGUCAGACCUAGUCGGUUGUUGGUGCAAUAAGUAGCAAAAAUCUAUUGCUGCAGAGAUGGCGAAAUAUAUAUUUGCAGUUCUAUGCUUGCAUUUUAGAAUUGUCCAGGUAACUCUUAAAGCUUGGUCAUAUCACAUGUGCAAAAAUGUAUAUCAAGACUAUGAAUUAAUUUAAUGACAAGAAGGGAGAUUUCUGACUUUACUGUCUGUAUUUCCAGUAUCCCCUUAAUUUCCUUGCUAAUUGCUUCAUCAGACUGAGCCUGCAGGUAAGAGAAAA